GAUUCCAACUGUUAUCCAGCUCUAUAGUUUUACCAUGAAAGAAAGACCGAAAGCAAAGAAACUCAUUUCUUCUUUCCAAUUGUUGAGUGUUCAGUGUUAAAUCAACAGCUAAACAUUUGUGCAACAUAAGUAGCCAGCUGAAUUUGAGUCAAAACGUUUCAAUUAACAAGUUACUUAUAAAAUUAAACAGACCACCAAACAAUUUGUUAUUAAUCACAUAAUUUUGUUUCAUCAUGGCCGAGAUAUUUUCAUUGAUAGUGCAAUUUUUCAUGUCCAUGAUCUUCGGAGUCCUCAAUUUAGGUGAUGAAAUUGGAAUAAAUGGGCAAAACGGGAAUCCUGAGCGAUUCAGAAGAUCAACUUUGGAUGAGAUGUUACCGUCUUGUCGAGCCAAUUAUGACUGUGUUCCUCGAUCAGCCUGUCAACAACCUGAGCUUUUAAACCCAGUUGAAAGGUCAAUAAUUAGCGCAACUUCGUGUCAGCCUGAUUUUAAAUCCAGUGAACCUUAUGUUUGCUGUCCUAAGAAACCUGAACAAUCAGGUCAACCCUCAUCUCUUCCUGAUCAAUCAAUGUCUGCUCUAAAGGUUGUCAAAGGUAUGGGCGAUAAAAUGCUUCGCAUCAUGUUGGAUCCAAAGAAAAAUGCUAACCAGGGAAGUAAAAUAGCAAGUCAAUCAAAAAGUGACUCUGUUGAUGGAUACGAUGGUUUCAUGGACGAAAUAUUGUCAACUCUGGAAAAUAUGAAAAGCUGAACAACAUCUAACAAGAAGUCAAAAUUGAAGCUAAAAGCUUGACAUCUUAUCGAUCGCAAGACAUCGUCUUAUGAUCAACCAACAGUAGCAGUGCUAAGAGUAAUAAAAAACUGUACUAUCAAACAAAUAAAAAUAAUAACCUUAUAAAAUCAUAAA